AUCCUGAUCAGAUGAUCGGAACUUGAGUCGAGCCAGCCAUGAGCCCGGCGCGGCCGUGCGAUGUUCAGCCCCUGUGCUUCUGUGACGCCGAGUCCGAAGCAGCUCAAGGAGGGCCAGCUGUUGGCCUCCCAGGCCGCGCGCGCGGCCGCGCGCACGGCGCACCGCGGCGGCUGCUGGGACUGCUGCGGUGCGGAGGUGCACCAGCGCCGGCGCUUGGAGACGAAGGUCCGGCAGCAGGACACCUUGCCGCGCCCCCUGCGCGAAGAGAAGGCGGUCGAAGCGCCAAAGGACUCGGAGGUGGAGCUUUGCAUCUUCCUGCAGAAGGCCCAAGGGCUCCCGAAGGCCGACUUCAUGGGCACGGCGGAUCCCUACGUGGAGCUGCUGCUGCUGCAUGAGGAUCCCUUGUCUGUGGACCUGCCCAAGUCGGAGCUGCGUGGCGCCCGCGGGAAGCUCUUCGACCAGGCGGUGUUCCGGUCCAAGAGUCGGGUGGUGCGGGGCUCUCUGGCGCCGGAGUGGAAUGAGACCUACUACUGCACCAUACCCCACGGCGCCCUCACGCUCUACCUCCGGGUUUUGGAUUAUGACCUGGUAGUGAGUGAUGACUUUCUGGGCCACUGCUCCAUGGGUGUCCUGGACGCCUUGGAGUCGAGCCGCGCCCUGGGCGCGGGGUGGCGCGCGCUGCUUCGGCAGAGCAGCGCUCCGGAGCGGCUGGCGGUGCUGCGGGAUCCUCGCGUGGCAGAGGCGCCGGUGGCCCCGACGGCCCACAGGCUGCUGCCGCCCAAGGGCCAAGAGUCCACCUACGACUUGAGCAGCGCGGAGCUUUUCCUCCAGGUGACCCUCAGCGGCAGAAGUGUGCGGCAGCUCCCCAAGGCUGCAGACACGGAGGAGACCUGCCAGGAGAUGGGGGAAGCCGCGCGCAGUAACGAGCUCUGGCAGAUCCUCAAGCUCAGCAGCCACUACUCCGUGAAUGCCCGGCUCUUCGGGGAGUUCCGAGGUUGCACGCCGCUGCACAUCGCCUGCCUGCAGCAGCACAGCGACGCGGCCAUGGCCCUGGUGGAGGUGUGUCGGGCCUCCCUGAUACCGCUGGCGCCAGGAGGCCUCAGCGCCGCCAUGUGCGCCUGCAUGGCUGGGGCGGAGAGUCUGGCGGAAUGGCUGGUCUGCGAAGGCGUGCCCGCGGACCUCCGGGACGACGAGGGCAAAAACCUCCUCUUCUACGCCGCCAGCCACGCGUGCCCGGAGCUCACCGCCUUUCUGCUCAGCAAGCAGCACCUGUCUCCUGCCUGCCGGGCCAGCGAUGGGUCCACACCGCUGCACGCGGCCGGCGCUGGCGCGAAUGAGAAGGCGGUGGUGGUGGCCAAGCAGCUGCUGGAGGCGAAAGCCUCUGUGAACCAUGCCGAUGGGAAAGGCAACUUGCCGUUACACGAGGCCUGCCGAGCAGGCAACGACAAGUGUGUGAAGCUUCUGGUUGGCAGCGGCAGCGCGCUGACGGCUUUGGACGAGGAGGGCAAGACGCCCUACGAGCUGGGUCAGGCCAGCCUGCCUCAGGCCACGCUGAGGCUACUGGAAGCCGGCCAGGCAGCUGCGAAGAAUCCAGCUCCUGCGAGCAGCCGCCAGCCGGGGGAGACCUUCCGGGAAGCGGAGAAGCGAGAGCUGCGCGCGCGGAAGGCUGCCAUCAGUGCCGAAGCGGAAGCUAGCUGGCAGGCCUGGCGGGCGCAGCACCCGCGCACCGAGACUGGCCUGGAGCGGAACGGCUUCGGUGCCAGUGCAGAGGACUUGGAAGACCCCUUCUUUAACCUUCCGCAGCCUUCUCCAGAGGCCAAGGCCUCCGUGGCAAAUGGGAAGAGCUCCUGGCGGGUGCCGGGCCUUCACCUUGGCGCGCGGCGCUUCGGCUCAUACUUCUCUUGGGCGAAGCGCCCGGUUCGCGGGACCUCACCCUGACAGCUUGCGACGUUAACGAAAUCGGCGCCGAUGUCUCACCUCUCCCAAUGAACUUGGCGCUUGGUCCGAAGGUUUUCCAAG